CUUGCUUUUGCUUUUGCUUUUUAAAAGCUAAAGAUGACACCAAAGCAGUGUGUGUAAGUGUGUGCGAGAAUGUGAAGGAGGAAAAGUUCAAGGGAAGAGAGAAGGUAAAGAAGAAAGAGAACAUCGGAUGCUGUUAGUGUUAUAGCUUUCUACACUCUUCAUUAGAGAAUUCAUCUUAUCAAUUUGUGUAUGAAAUGUUGUCAUUGCUCUUUCACUCACUCUCAUAGUGUAUUUGGUUGCUACUCCUCUAAACCAGUUUUCCCACAAAUGGCCACCUUUCCUUGUUUCAGUUUUGGACCCUUUUGCAUGCUAUUCUUCCUUGUGUGCCUCACUAGUCCUGCUUCUGUUUCUUCACUUUCCUUGAGAAGGCAAGCUUCUAUCCUUGUUUCUAUGAAACAAGGUUUUGGAGUUACCAACUCUUCUCUGAGAAGCUGGGACAUGUCAAACCACUUGUCCCUUUGCUCUUGGUAUGGCAUUCAGUGUGGCCAUGAUAACAUGUCUGUGGUGUCACUUGACAUAUCCAAUUUGAAUGCUUCAGGGUCACUUUCACCUUCCAUCACAGGACUCUUGACCCUUGAGAGUGUCUCACUUCAGGGAAAUGGCUUCUCUGGGGAGUUUCCAAGUGACAUUCACAAGCUACCAAGGCUGAGAUUCCUCAACAUGUCAAGCAACAUGUUUGGUGGAAACUUGAGUUGGCAAUUCUCCCAGAUGAAGGAGAUUGAAGUGGUGGAUGCCUAUGACAAUGCUUUCAAUGGAUCACUUCCUGAGGGUGUCAUUGAGCUCCCAAGGCUCAAGCACUUGAACUUUGGAGGGAAUUACUUCUCUGGGGUAAUCCCUCCUACCUAUGGAAAAAUGGAGCAACUCAACUUUUUGUCCCUUGCAGGGAAUGAUUUGAGAGGGUUCAUACCAAGUGAGCUUGGAAAUCUCACUAACUUGACUCAUCUUUACUUGGGGUACUACAAUCAGUUUGAUGGUGGAAUACCACUUGAGUUUGGUAAGCUCACCAAUUUGGUUCAUCUAGACAUUGCAAACUGUGGUUUGACAGGUCCAAUUCCUGUUGAGUUGGGAAACCUCAUCAAGUUAGACACUCUCUUCUUGCAAACCAAUCAGCUAAGUGGCUCAAUCCCUCCUCAGCUAGGAAACUUGACCAGCUUGAAAGCUCUUGAUCUGUCAUUUAACAUGCUCACAGGAGGCAUCCCUUAUGAGUUUUCAUCUCUUCAUGAGCUUACUCUCUUGAACUUGUUUAUAAACAAGUUGCAUGGGGAAAUUCCUCACUUCAUUGCUGAGCUACCUAAGUUGGAGACUCUCAAGCUUUGGCAGAACAACUUCACUGGAGUGAUUCCGUCAAGUCUUGGUCAAAAUGGGAGGUUGGUUGAGCUUGACUUGUCAACAAAUAAGCUCACCGGUAUGGUACCAAAAUCUCUGUGCCUUGGAAAUAGGCUCAAAAUUUUGAUCCUGCUGAAGAACUUUCUCUAUGGAUCUUUGCCUUAUGAACUUGGUAAAUGCCACACACUCCAAAGAGUCCGUUUGGGACAAAACUAUUUAACUGGGCCACUUCCACUUGGGUUUCUUUAUUUGCCUCAGCUAUCUCUUGUGGAGCUACAGAACAAUUAUCUUAGUGGUGGCUUUCCACAAUCAACAAGCAACACACCCUCCAAACUAGCACAGCUGAACCUAUCAAACAACCGCUUCUCAGGGUCUCUUCCAACCACAAUUGCAAAUUUUCCAAACUUGCAAAUUCUUAUGCUUAGUGGAAACAGAUUCUCAGGAGAAAUCCCACCAGAUAUAGGGAGAUUGAAAAGUAUUCUCAAGUUGGAUAUAAGUUUCAACAACUUUUCUGGCACUAUUCCACCUGAGAUAGGUAACUGUGUCUUACUCACCUAUUUAGAUUUGAGCCAAAACCAACUCUCAGGCCCUAUUCCAGUCCAAGUUGCUCGAAUUCACAUAUUAAACUAUCUCAAUGUCUCAUGGAACCACCUAAACCAAAGUCUUCCCAAGGAACUCAGGGCCAUGAAGGGCUUAACUUCAGCAGAUUUCUCUCACAAUAACUUCUCAGGCUCAAUCCCUGAGGGAGGGCAAUUCUCAAUCUUUAAUUCCACAUCCUUUGUUGGCAACCCUCAGCUAUGUGGCUAUGUCUCCAAGCCAUGCAACCUUUCUUCAACAGCAGUGUUGGAAUCUCAACAAAAAGGCAGUUCAAAACCUGGGGUCCCUGGGAAAUUCAAGUUCCUUUUUGCAUUGGCCUUGUUGGGGUGCUCAUUGGUGUUUGCAACCUUGGCCAUCAUCAAGAGUAGAAAGACAAGGAGGAAAUCCAAUUCAUGGAAGAUAACAGCAUUCCAGAAGCUGGAAUAUGGGAGUGAGGACAUCAUAGGGUGCAUAAAGGAAAGCAAUGUGAUAGGAAGAGGUGGAUCUGGGGUUGUGUACAGAGGAACCAUGCCAAAGGGAGAGGAAGUGGCAGUGAAGAAGCUAUUAGGAAUCAACAAAGGUUCUUCCCAUGACAAUGGCCUCUCUGCUGAGAUUAGAACACUGGGAAGAAUCAGACACAGGUACAUCGUGAGGUUGCUAGCAUUUUGCUCAAACAGAGAGACCAAUUUGCUUGUCUAUGAUUACAUGCCAAAUGGAAGCUUGGGGGAAGUGUUGCAUGGGAAGAGGGGUGAGUUUCUCAAGUGGGAUACUAGGCUCAAAAUAGCCAUAGAAGCUGCUAAAGGACUUUGCUAUUUGCACCAUGAUUGUUCCCCUUUGAUCAUCCAUAGAGAUGUCAAGUCAAACAACAUUUUGUUGAACUCUGAUUUUGAGGCUCAUGUUGCUGAUUUUGGACUUGCCAAGUUCAUGCAAGAUAAUGGUGCAUCAGAAUGCAUGUCUUCCAUUGCUGGUUCUUAUGGCUAUAUUGCUCCAGAAUAUGCAUACACAUUGAAAGUGGAUGAGAAAAGUGAUGUUUAUAGCUUUGGAGUGGUGCUGCUAGAACUGAUAACAGGGAGAAGGCCAGUGGGGGACUUUGGAGAAGAAGGAUUAGACAUUGUUCAAUGGACCAAGAUGCAAACUAAUUGGAACAAAGAGAUGGUGAUGAAGAUCCUUGAUGAGAGGCUGCAUAACAUUCCUUUAGAUGAAGCAAAGCAAGUGUUUUUUGUGGCAAUGUUGUGUGUUCAUGAACACAGUGUGGAGAGACCAACCAUGAGGGAAGUAGUUGAAAUGCUUGCACAAGCAAAGCAACCAAACACAUUUCAAAUGCAGUGAUAUCUAGGAAAGUGAAAGAUAACAAGUUGGAAAAAGAGGAUGAGUCCUUCUUCUCCUUCAUACACGUGCUUUGUAUUCAUGUCAUGGGUGGUGAAAGGGUAUCCAUUUUGCAAACUAGUUUGUCAUGAGUUUUGAAUAUUAUUUUUUGCUCUUUUACUUUGUUAGCACUCGGUUCUUGAAUGGGUGCAUGAGAGUUACCAUAGUGGAUAUGUUAUGCAUGAAAGGUAGAGUUAGUGUUAAACUGUCCAUACUACCUUAAAAGUUUGUAUAAUAGUGUAAUACAUGUGGAUUAACCCCUGUUUGGUUCAUAAAAUGUUUUCUGUUUUCA